UGGAGUUGUUGGAUAGUAUCGGUGGUAAACUACCGGUUGGAACGUCCAAAUUUUCCUUUGCAAAGCAGGAAUCGUUGCUCAAACUACUGAUUCUAUCAAUUGCAGGAGUUCUUGCCUUUUCAGUUCGAUUGUUUGCCGUUAUCAGAUUUGAAAGUGUUAUUCACGAGUUUGAUCCAUACUUCAAUUAUCGAACAACGAAGUUUUUGUCAAAUGAAGGUUUCUAUGAAUUCUUGGAUUGGUUCGACGAUACAGCUUGGUAUCCUCUUGGCAGAAUUAUUGGUGGAACGAUAUAUCCAGGCCUGAUGGUGACAUCUUCCUUAAUCUACUAUCUGUUGAAUGGAUUGAAUCUCACAGUUGAUGUGAGGGAAGUGUGCGUGUUCUUAGCCCCUGUCUUUUCAUCAUUCACUGUCGUAGUAGCAUACCACUUCGGAAAAGAGGCUCAUAAUACUGCAGCUGGUCUAGUGGCUUCAGCCUUGAUGUCCACAGUGCCUGGUUAUAUAUCCAGAUCAGUGGCAGGAUCCUACGACAAUGAGGGAAUCGCAAUCUUCUGUAUGAUGCUAACAUACACCCUCUGGCUCAAAUCAGUCAAGACUGGAUCCAUGUUCUGGAGUGUAAUGUGUUCUCUGGCUUACUUUUACAUGGUUUCGUCUUGGGGUGGUUAUGUCUUCCUCAUCAACUUGAUUCCUCUGCAUGUGCUAGUCCUCAUGAUUACUGGAAGAUUCUCUCAUAGAGUAUACGUUGCAUAUACUACAGUGUAUUGUCUGGGAACCCUAUUUUCAAUGCAGAUUCCAUUUGUUGGAUUCCAACCUGUUGAAACUAGUGAGCAUAUGGCGGCUUUUGGAGUUUUCGGACUGUGUCAGAUUUAUGCGUUUGUGGAGUAUCUAAGAGCUAGACUGAAGCCGGAUGAUUUCUUUACAUUAGUCAAGUUUUUCUUGAUUAUUAGCGUGGGAGGAGCAGUAACUGGAGCAUCGAUUCUGCAGUUCCUGGGAAAGAUCGCCCCUUGGACCGGCAGAUUCUACUCGCUCCUGGACCCCUCCUAUGCCAAGAACAACAUCCCAAUCAUAGCCUCAGUGUCAGAACACCAGCCGACAGCCUGGUCCUCCUUCUAUUUUGAUCUCCACUUGCUCGUCAUCAUGUUCCCAGUGGGCAUGUACUACUGUUUCAAUAAACUCACAGAGCAGAAUAUAUUCGUGAUUAUGUACGGCAUAACCAGCAUCUAUUUUGCGGGUGUGAUGGUGCGUCUCAUGCUAGUCCUAGCGCCAAUCAUGUGUGUAGUUGGUGGAAUCGGAAUAAGUUCAAUCUUGACUCUCUACAUGCGAAACUACAUAGAACAAGCCAACAAACAAUCUUCCACUUCCAAGUCUUCAGGAAGCAAGAAGUACUCGUCUUACAACGACAGCAGCUACCCGGCCAAGGGUGAAAUAGCAGGAGCCGUGAUUGCCUUUCUAACUCUCUUCCUAUCCAUGUAUGCAAUGCACUGUGUGUGGGUGACGAGUGAAGCCUAUUCUAGUCCCUCGAUUGUCCUCGGGGCCAAAGGAGGAGACGGAAACAGGAUUAUAUUUGAUGACUUCAGAGAGGCAUAUAGAUGGUUGGCCAAGAACACAGCCGAGGACUCGAAAGUGAUGUCAUGGUGGGAUUAUGGGUAUCAAAUUACAGCCAUGGGCAACCGGACUAUUCUAGUGGAUAACAACACCUGGAACAACACUCACAUAUCCAGAGUGGGCCAGGCUAUGAGCUCUACUGAGGAACACGCCUAUGGCAUUAUGAGACAACUGGAUGUGGAUUAUGUGCUGGUAGUGUUCGGAGGACUUGUAGGCUACUCCUCAGACGACAUCAACAAGUUCCUGUGGAUGGUGAGGAUAGGCGGCAACACUGAACUGGGAGCACACAUUAAGGAGUCAGACUACUACACGCCCACUGGGGAGUUCAGAGUGGACAGAGAGGGCAGUGGGACUCUGCUGAACUGUAUGAUGUACAAGAUGAGUUACUACAAGUUCGGACAAGUCUACACUGACGGAUCCAAGCCUCCCGGCUACGACCGAGUGCGAGAUGUGGAGAUAGGGAACAAGGACUUCGAACUGACAGUAUUAGACGAAGCAUACACCACAGAACACUGGAUAGUCCGGAUUUACAAGGUCAAAAAGCCAGACAACAGGGGAAACACUUUCUAGACCCGCAUCAUUGCAUCGCAACUGUCAGCCGACCGGAAAGGGGGAUAGGGGAGGAGAAGGUUUAAUUGAGAGGCAACUAUAAUGAACUGAGGACCAAUAUCUGUAUAAACAACUUAUAAACGAACAGCUAGUUAAGUUCAACUGGGCAGCCAACAGGGGUAGAUAAAUAACUAUGUUGCAGAAAGAGUGUCUUUCAAUAUUUUGUAACCUUGCUUUGUCAAGAGAAGCGAGCAAUUUGGAAACGAUUGAAUUGGAAAUUUUAUAGUCGAUUAACUAGUUGGUUAUUGCUGUUCGAAAUACAUUGAAGAAAGAUGGAGAGUAUCAUAUCAUCAUAGAAAUCCACAAAAAAACGUCGAACCAAAAUUUUGAUGCCAUUUUUAGUUAGAAAGCUGGAUAAAGUUUAAACAUGCUGAAAUUUGUAAAAUCAUUCAAUAAAAGUUGAAGUAGCGAUGGUAUUGUUCUCAAUCAUCCUUGUGCUGUUGCGUGCUGGUACUACUUGCGGAAAAAUGUGUGAUUUAUCUUUGAAUGUAUGUUAAUUAAUUUCGAAACUCAGUUUUGGGGCCUUUGAUGAUAAAAUUCUUGGUCAAUUUAUAAAAAUAUAAUUUAAAGACAGCCUAAGCAAUCAACCGUACCAAACCCUUAACUUUAGCAAACCACAAGUUCAAAUCAGAAUUUCUUUACUGUGUUCUUCGUUUUAUAUUAGUGUGAAUAAGUGUGAUUUGCAACGGUUGAGCUAAUGUUCAUGUACUUAGUGUAUGUUGAUAAUUAUCUAACCAUUGGAUAAACGUAAAUUGUAAACUUUGUCGGUGAUGAUAACAGAUAUGUGAUAAAAAUUAUUGGACCUUGGUUGAUUGUUAACUGAUAAUAAUACUGAUAUUUUGUUCAGGCUGUAUUGUAUUUCCUUAUGCUGUAAAAACCUUCAAUUUUUCAUUCAUGAUCAUUCUGCGC